AUGUCUAGUGUUCAUUCAUCUACCGUCUUAGCCGAGACGAUGUCAUGGUAUUGUGCAUUGUUCUUGGCAAUGAUGUUGGUAUUGAGUUGCUGUGAGUCCAGUGAGAGUGAUCAAUUCAUAGUGCAAAUGAAGCAAGGGAUGAAGCGGGCAUGUGAUGAGAUAUAUGUGGUGAGAGAAGGGGAAACAUUGCAUACAAUAAGUGAAAAGUGUGGAGAUCCUUUUAUUGUUGAAGAGAAUCCACAUAUUCAUGAUCCUGAUGAUGUUUUCCCUGGCUUAGUUAUCAAGAUUACUCCUUUCAAGUUUCUGUAA